UCCGUUUUCGCAGUUCGUAAACAAUCCACACACAGCGGAAAUUGCGCCAACGUUUUGUCGUACUUCCGAAUAGAAUAAAUAAUAGUGUUUAUAAUAUUGAAAACUUGUUAUCGAAUUGUUUUGUUCUUGUUGAUAAGUUAGAUGAUUGUGCCAUGUUAAAAUAUAUAUUCCGACCGUAUAAUGUUAACUGAUUGAGACCGUUUUGUAUACCACACAAAUGGCAUCAAUAAUUGGGAAAAUAAAAUCUGUAGCUGUUAAGGAUUUUGUUACUUAUGAUGUUGCUAUUUUCUACCCCGAUGAGCAUCUUAACAUCAUCAUCGGUCCCAAUGGGACCGGAAAAUCGACGAUCGUAGCGGCCGUUGUGCUCGGGAUGGGAGGUCACUGCAAGCUGCUGUCGCGAUCGGGCAGUCUCGAAGACUACAUAAAAAACGGGAAGGAGGUGGCCAAAAUAGAGGUGGGCAUAUACAAGAACGCCAAGCGGGCCAUAAUCAUGUUCAAUCGGACAUUCGACCGAAGCGGGACCGAUCGGUUCGAUAUCGAUGGCACCAAAGUGUCUCACAAGGAGUUUUUGAAACGGAUUCGUGAAUUGAACAUCCAAAUCGAUAACCUGUGUCAGUUCCUGCCCCAGGAUCGAGUGCAGGAUUUCACCAAAAUGAAUCCCCGAGAGCUCCUGAUGAAUACGCAAGCCUCCGUGUGUUCUGCGGCGAUGAUCGAACAAAUGGAUCAGCUGAUAGACAAACGCAAGCGGCAGUUGAAUGUGAUCAAAUCGAACGCAGAUAAUCUGGCGAAGCUGAAGGAAGCGGAAGCGAAAAACGAAGAGCUGAGGGCGCAGAUCGAGAAUAUGAAGGUUAGGAAGCAGUACGAGAAAAAGAUCGAGAUCUGUAACGCGCGGAAGGCCUGGUUGGAGUACGAGCAGAUCUAUGUUGAAUUUAAUUCCACGAAGAAUGAUUUGAAGCUGGCAAAAACUAAUUUGGACGAAAAGCAGAAGCGUUUGAAUCCGCUGAAAUCCAAGGCAGUCAAACUGAACAAAACAAAAAACGAACUGAACGAUAAAGUGAAACAGGAGCUAUCGGAUGUUCAGAAUUAUGCCGAUCAGCUGCGAACAAUGGAUACCCAAACCGAGCAGCUUGAGGAUUCGAUAAGCAGUCAAAAACGUCACCUUCAGGACGUGGUCUCGAAAGCGGUCGACCAGGAAAACGAGCUAGAGCAGGCUAAAAAGGCCCUUUCGCUGGCCAUUCAGGAUUGCAAGCACGCCUAUCAGGAGCUGGGUUCCGAAGGUGACCAGGAAGCGCGGAAACAGGAGCUGGUUGUUAAGAUAAACAAGCUGAAGCAGGAGGGCGAUCUGUUGAUGGGCCGCAGGAACGAGUUGAGCCAGAAAAUCGAAGCCGACCUCAAGCCGGAGAUGAUCAGCGUCCAGCGCAGAAUCGAAGCGCUCGAGAAUGUGGCUCAGGUGAAGCUGAAGCUGCUGCAGUCGCAGUUCGAAACUACAUAUCAAGCGACUAUUUGGCUCAGGAAUAAUCUGCAUCUUUUCCGGGGGAAAAUAUACGAACCGAUGAUUCUGGAGCUGAAUGUACCGAACAGUGAAAACGCAAAGUAUCUGGAGAACACGAUCGGCAAACGGGAUAUGAUUGCGUUCACUUGCGAGGACCGGGAUGACAUGGCGUUGUUCCUGCGGAAGGUGCGCCAGGAGAUGCAUCUCGAAGGGGUUAAUGUGGUGUACUCUGAACCUGCCGAUCAAUUGCACUAUGCUUCCAAAAUUCCGAUACAAAGUUUACAACGCUACGGGUUCCAUGGCUACCUCAUAGACAUGGUGGAAGGACCAUUCCCGAUCCUCAACUUCCUUUGCAAGCUGUACAAUAUUCACAACGUGCCAGUUGGUCAACACGAAACGUCCAAGUUCGCAUCCCAAGUGCCGGAUGAUAUUCGAAUAUUCUUCACGCCAUCGAACAGGUUCGCGAUGACCAAAUCCCGUUACACCGGUGAGAAGAGCUCCCGCUGCGAUGAACUGCACGCACUAAAUUUACUCAACAAAAACGUCGAUCCGGAAGUGUUGGAUGAACGGAAACGAACCUAUCAGAGACUCGUACGGGAAUGUGACAAGAUUCGCAACCACCGCAACCAGAUCGAGAAUCAGAUAAAGGAAAUCCAGGAGCAGUGCACCGAACUGUCGGGAGAACGCAGGAAAAUAGAGGAAAAGUUCAAUCGUUACCAGCAAAGCAAGCUCAAAACGAAGCGGCAGGAACAGAAAUGUGUGGAUCUGCAGGCGCGUCUUGUCGAUGAUAGCGUAGAGAAGGAGAAAUUCAGGGUUUCAUGCAAAAAUAUUGUCAACGAAAUGAUACGAUUGCAGGAGAAAAAGGUUGAUUUUUUAAAUAAGUACGCAAUGGCGACCGUAAAACACGAUGUUUUCAAGCAAAAACUGACAAUCUUUUUGAACAACAACGCUGACCUGGAGGGUGAAAUCCGCUCCGCUGAAGAUGCCAUUGAAUCGGCAACGCGGAGCUUCGAGUCGGUCACUCGAAAGAUCGACGAAGUCAAAGAGCGGCUGAAGCGUAAGCAAACAUUCGCUAAAAGUCUCACCAAUGAUACGACCCCUACCAAUGAUCAAUUCCCGUACAAACGGGAGUUCGAAAGACUGCCCGGAACGCUGGACGAAUUGGUGAAUCACAUGGAAGACAUCCAAGCUCGGGUCGAUUGUAUGUCGCGAAGCAAUGGGAACAUCAUGGAAGAGUACGAGACACGAAAUCGUCAGAUCGAAACGUUGAAGGAAGCAAUUAACGAUUCCUCCAAAAGUAGCGAUUCGCUGGAGGCCGAACUACAACAGCUGCACGAUCGGUGGUAUCCCGAGAUCGGUCGGGUGGUGGAAACUAUCAACGGGAACUUUUCGCGCUUCAUGAGCUCCAUGGGAUUCGCUGGGGAGGUGGAAAUCAUUAGAAACGGAGAGAAUAGCUACGUCCACGCAACAAUCAUCAGCGAUGGAGAAUCGAUCCACGGUCGAAAUUAGAUCGAUUCAUCCAUACAACUGCUCUGCUCUGCAAGACACAUCGGGCUGCUGUUCUAUAAAUAGCUCAACAAUGAUCAAUCAACUGUCUCCGCUGUCCGAUGGUCUAACUGGAUAAUGGAAGAAAAAUACAAUACAGAAUACUCUUACGCCUAAAUGGCUACUGUGUAAAUGUACCAUAUGCAAUGGUAUAGAAGGAAUACUGGCGAAUGGCAACUGUGUAAUGUAAUGUGCUAUAAUUAUAGAUAUGAUAACCAUGUGACAUGUACACGAUUAAAAUUCGGCUCUGUUACAGCUAAAAUGCUAAUGAGCCUGAAAUAAAUAAAUGGGAUAAAAAAAAAAUGCCCCAAGCAGGUAUGCCCAUUCCGCCCCGUACAUUUACGCUCAAUAAAAAAUGAACCGUUCUUUUACAUGAAACGGCAAAGCAGCGCAAUAAAUCAGUAAAAAUGCUCAGAAAUAAUACCAGUACGAAUUGAUACAAAGAGCAGAUUCAUAACUUUCAGCAUGGAGCGUACAGAGCUUUUUUUGUUGACUGUUUUUUAUAUGUUUUUCGUGAUAAUCAGUCAGUGUGAUAUUUCUCUCAAUAUCAAUAUCUCAAUAUACAACAAUUAAAUUUGAAUACGGUUUUCACGGAGAUAUUUAAUAAGAGUAUUUCUAACACAAUUGUUGGCAAAUAAGCGAACGGUGGCCCAUUUUGCCCCGCCUGGUCAUAUUGCCCCUUUCUACCCUACAUAGUUCACUCUGUCUCAUCAAAAUCAACUGCUGUAGAUGAUAGGUUGGUCUAGAACAGCUAUUCUCAACCUGCGGCCCGGCGGGCUCUUCUGAUUGCCUAUCUGGUGUUACUUUAAUUUAAACUAUUUGACAGUUGUCAGUAUAAAUAAGCUUAGCGACAGGGAUUUUUACAGUCAGAUCUAGUACUGCCACACUGAAAUAAUACAACUGAACAGGUUCGUGUAGUGGUAGAAUACUGUCAGUUUGAAUAGGCAGCUAAAUAAUAGCUUGAAUAACAUAUUCAAUUUGAUUUGAAUUCGACUUAGCAAAUAAUAAAUCAGGUCCAAUAAAGCAAGUCAAUCCCAAUUGUACCGCCAAAGUGAACAGAAGUGUUAAAUAAAAUUUAUUACAAGCCAUUAGUCGAUCCAAAGUGCAUAUUGAAUUUUUCUUAGUUCCUAUUAGAAAUCAACGAUCCUGCCCUAACACUAUUUUCUCAGUGUAACUAUAACAAAAUCUAUGAAAUCAGAAACCUAAUUUUUUGACGUAAGACUAUGUUU